AUGGGUCGAAAAAGAGUUGUUGAAAGAAAAAAAGGAGCAGUGUUAUCAGAAUCUACGAAUAGGAAAGGCAUUAGAAAAGUGGGAGACUUGCAAUACCAUACAGUAUCUGGAGAUGACACAGUUGGAUUCACAGUAGAUAAACUACCCUAUGCAAUUGAAAUCGGAUUGUCAUACAGCAACGUUCAAUUGACACUGGAGAGAAAAAUAUCACCUGUAAGAGACGAUCAUAAACGGCUGUUCUUGAUUUUUGCCCAUGACGGAUCUGAUUUCAUACAUCAUCCAACUGAUCAUGAAAUAGAUCAAGAUCAAGUAAACUUCUGCUUGCAGUUCCUAAAAGAACAGUAUCUGAAAUUAGACCAGCUCCAAAUGGAACGACUGACCUACCUGGAGGAGGAAAAGAUCCAACCUGGGGACAAGAGGAAGAGGAAGGAGGUCGACUACUCGGACACACUCACCGAGAAGCAGUGGCUCAGGGUCAGUUGGUCUGGAGAAAUGGUUGCAGUUGGUCUGGGGGGAGGGUUGCAGUUGGUCUGGAGUGAUGGUUGCAGUUGGUCUGGAGUGAUGGUUGCAGUUGGUCUGGAGUGA